AACAGAUUGAAAAUAGCAAAACUCAUUGAUAUCUCUUAUAAUCGAUGUCUAAAAAUGUGCUGGUUGAUUGGAAUUUGCAGUAGUUAGAAGUUUAAUUUUUCAUAUUAAAUUUUAGCGUAACAAACUAAUAUUAAAUUGCCAGUUAGUACAUUUAUUUGGGAAAUAACCCACAUAUGUUAAUCAAUUCAUUAAAUUCAAUUCAUGUCAGCACCGAAGCAUGUUUUAAUUUAUACAGGUGCUGAUUGUCUUAUCAAGUUGUUUUUUAAAAAUAUCAAAUUUCGAAGCCGACUUAUAUAAAAAAGUCAAAUGGAUGACAGUGAUAUAGAAGAAAAAAAAGUUGGAAAAAGUCCUAUUAAAAAACGGGCACUGAUAACUAACUUCUUGAAAUGGUCGGCCCCGUCAAUGGCUCGAAAGGAUGAGAUUUACGGCCGGACUAAGGCCCCUCUAAAUAUUGAACGACCAAUAUCGCUAGAGACAAAGUGCGGCGAACUAAGGGAGGUUCUUAACUGUAUACGUCCACCCAGAGCUUGGUGCGAAGAUGGUGUUUAUUGGCGACAAGAUGUGUCAGAUGAGCCUACAACUCGACCAGAAGUUCUUGCCUUGGCAGAAGCUCUAGAUGAAGCGAUCAUACAAUCUAAUGCCAGAGAGACAGGCCUCUGUGAACUUCGUGAAGUUAUUUACGCCGAUAUCUUUGAUGAACUGAUUCGACAGGUUGCGAUAAACUGCAUAGAACGAGGGCUACUUCUCUUGAGGAUAAGGAAUGAAGCUGAGGAUUCUAUAAUAUCAUUUCGGCGUCUAUAUUCCAGCAGUUUAGCUUAUGGCGUCAGAAAGACAUUAGAAGCUGAUAAGGACAUGAUACUACUAAAGGAAGAAGUUGAAAAAAUUUCUGGUGAGAAAGCAAUAUUAGAAGAGGAGCUGCAAAAUGUCAGGUUCACAAUUGCAGAAAAAGAGAGAGAGUUGGCUGAAAGAAUGGAAGAAAUUCAAACAAAGCACAAGAACCAAUUGGAUCUCUUGACGGAAUUGCAGACUAAUCUGAAGUAUCAGCUUCUCUCUAUUACUUCUCUGAACAAGAACAAGACUUGAGGAAAACAAAUACUACAAGUAUGCUAACUAUAUAAAAAAAAUUAGUAGAUGUUGAAUAUGAUUGUUGAUUUGAUUUAUUGUGCAUGAAGAUAUUUAAUAGAAGUAAUUUUCUAUUUCAAUAUUCCAAUAAGAUGUUGACAGAUAUGGGCAUGUCACAAAUGAAAUUUUUCAUGUAUAUUUAUAAUUUCACUAUAGCAGUUAUAAUCUAACUGUUUCAUUAGUAAAAUUCACUGAGAAUGAAAAUGAAACAAUUCGUAUUUUGAUCCUAUCAUGACUCAGAGAUAAUAUUGUUCUUCAUAGUAGAGCAUCGUUAGCAAUUAAAUUUGUUAAAAGACUAUAUGUUGACUCGGCUACUGUCCUAAAAGAUCUUGUUUACUUUUACAGAACAGUAAAGAAUAAUAUCCCGUUUUAAUUCAUUGUCCUCUUAAAUAUAACAUUUUGGUAACGGCAUUCUUUAAAAUUUUGUAUUGUCUUGUAAGAUUUUUUUUUUUUUUUAAAUAGUUGAAAUAUUUUCUUUCUUUUCUAUUGAGUUCUCCAAAAGUCCUUUUCUAUCAAUAAAAAUUGGUUUUUAAAAAAUAAUAUCAGUGUUCCUUUUGUUUCUUUAUAAGAAUAGGCAGUUUUAAAU